AUGAACACAAGUGCAACCGAAGACUCCUCAAAGCUGACACACAAGGCCCUGCCCGUGAAGCUUACGGUCACGGGGAGGACGCACCACCAGAAGCCAGCAGAUAGCGGCACCGCUGUGCUUGAGCCUGAUUCGGGCCCCAAGUCGCCUUCGCCUCCGGGGGGUCCCAAGCCUGAUUCGCCUCCGCCGGGUCCCAAGUCGCCUCCUCCCAAGUCGCCUCCUCCCAAGUCGCCUCCUCCCAAGUCGCCUCCUUCCAAGUCGCCUCCCCCCAAGUCGCCUCCUCCCAAGUCGCCUCCUCCCAAGUCGCCUCCCCCCAAGUCGCCUCCUCCCAAGUCGCCUCCUCCCAAGUCGCCUCCUCCCAAGUCGCCCCCUCCCAAGUCGCCUCCUCCCAAGUCGCCUCCCCCCAAGUCGCCCCCUCCCGAGUCGCCUCCUCCCGAGUCGCCUCCCCCCAAGUCGCCUCCCCCCAAGUCGCCCCCUCCCGAGUCGCCCCCUCCCAAGUCGCCUUCGCCGAGCCCCAAGUCUCCUCCGCUUCCGGGUCCGAUCCCACCUCCUGCUCCUUUACCCAUCCCCGCCCCUGAAACUAACCCUGAACCGACCCCGAAACCUCCCAUCUCCGGCUAUCUGAUCGCAGGAGUGGUGGGGUCGCUGGCCGCUCUGUUCCUGGUGCUGCUGAUCGUUGUGAUUCUGAAGUGGCGCCAGCUGCGGACGAAGCGGAAAGUGGUCCCUACAGGGAAGGGGAGGCCCACGGGAAAGGGCGCAGCGGGCGCGGCAGGGGGAGGGGGAGAUGCAGCUGCUCCGAAGGGAGGUGAAGGGGACGCGGGGGACGGGGACGACGUGCGGAUCCGCUGGGUCCCCGCGCUGGGAUUCGCGUUCACGGAUCGUACUAUAACGCGUAUACCCUCUGGGAGGGAGGUUGCCGAGUUCACUCCGUCUGGCCGUAUGGUGUUCUCAGAGGGAAAUGAAUCCGAGGGCGAUGAGGAAAAGGGUGAUCCCAAGGUCACCCAUGGAGGAGGGCUGGCGAAGACGGUUACCGGCGGAGCAUAG